UAUAACAAAACAAGAUCGAUGCGACUAAUGGCGGAUAGAAAAUCCUUUAGCUUUGUCUGGUUUUUAGGUUUGGUUCUGAUCAUUGCGAGGGGCUUACAAAUCAAAGCAAAGGAUAUUUCAAUUCACCAACACACGUGCAAUAGCGACGAAAACGAGGAGGGCUUCUGUGAAACGAUAGAUGAAAAAAAGUAUGUUCAGAGCGACGAAAUUAUGGACUUUAAGGAGGAAAUGCUUAGCACACAAAAGACAGAUCAAGUAGAGAGUUUUUCACAAGAUUUGAAAGAGGGUCAACAAAAUAAUGACAGUCCUAACAAUUUAUUGGAAAGCAACGAUAAACAAGUGUCAUAUCAUGGUAACUCAUCAAGCAAGGAGUGGAUUGGACUUCAGAUUCCAGUUGUUGAUGGAGUUAAGGUUGGUCACGUUCAGGAGAUUGAAAUUUUACCUGGCAUCAAACGUCUAAUGAAGACCUUGAGCAUGCGCCCUCUUGUGUUUGAGAUUCCCGAUUUUCUCGACGAGGACGAAUGUGAACUCAUCAUAGCCCUAGCUGAAAACAAAAAACUCAGUGAUAAUCCUAAGAGAACAGACAACCGAGGUGUUUACUAUGAAGAUCCUCUGAACACCUUCAAACGGUGGGACUUGAAUGGAGAUGAAUACAUUGACGCAGAGGAGAUCAUCCUGAUCCCUGGUAAAAUGGAUCUUAAAUUUACCAAACAUAACGCUUCUGAGAUGAUGAAAACUCUAAAAAUGGAUAAAGAUGAUAAUGGAAAAGUCAACCUGACAGAAUUCAAAAGCGUGGAACUGGAGGAAAUAAGACAAUACGUUGCUGGUCUUCUAAAUGAUUCAUCGCUGAGGAGAAUACCUAACAGUAGAGUUUCUUGGCUGUGGCAUGAUGAAGACGAACUCCUCAGAUAUCAACCUGACUUAUUGCAUGGAUUCCAUGAACGGCUUCAAGCAGUUACCAAAAUACCAAAAGAAAUUAUCCAGGAGAGUGAACCCAUGCAGGUAAUACAGUUUGAAGAAAACAAUUACCAGUACUGCCAACAAGAUAGUGAGCCUAAAUUCCAAGGCGUUCCCUGCUGCUUGUACGGUGACAUGAAGGAGUGUAGGAUAUGCAGGUAUAUAACACUCGCUUAUUUCCUCAACGAUGUCGACGAAGGAGGAGAAUUGGUGAUGCCACUUGCAAAUAGCGAAUUUGAGGAUGACGUCAUGAACAACUCUGGUAACUGGACGGGUUUUUUCACUUACGACAAGACAACCGGAAGUCGAACAACCUUUGAAGUGGAUGUACAAUUUAAAAUGGAUGGUGCUAACAAAGUUCUUUAUGGAAAAGGAAGUGACGCCAGCGGUGAAUUCGAAUUGACUGACAGUCUGUUAACAGGAAACAUCAUACGAUUUCGCAAGAAGUAUUUGAAUCAAGCAAACAAAGAUUUUUCCAUUAAAUACGCUGGUAGAUUAAAGGGAAAUACACAAAUAGAUGGGAUGUGGUGGGUUCCAGGCGGGGAAAAGAUGCGUGGAAAAUUUUUGAUGCGCCACAAAGGAUACGAGAAAUGGAUGAGUAACUCUAUGGAAAAAUGCAACUCACAUGAGUACUGUUCUAAAGGAAAUCUGGUCAUAAAACCGAAGCCAGGCAAAGCUGUCAUGUGGUACAACCACGUGCUCAGUGACGAUGGUACUUGGAUCGGGGGACUGGAUAACAGGAUGUACUAUGGCCACUGUGACGUCACCAAAGGCGAGAAAUGGAUGGCUACUAAUUGGAUUAACAUAGAUGGUGACGGGGAGAUAGAGUUGAAGGCCUGGAAACGAGGUACAAACCUCAUAUCUGAGACUAGGAAACAUGUGAACCAGAAUAUUCUUCAAAGAAUGCGAAGAGCUGAACACAAUAAAGCACCUGAUGAAAUUGAAGAAGAACUUAACAAUGAUAUGGACAACAACCAAGAAUGGACGUUUGAGUCUCGUCCGAAGGAAAGACACGUUCUAAAUGCUGUUGAAUCAUUGAUAGAGUCUCUGAAAGAAGACGAAAUGGUAGCUGUUUCUAAAAAAGUACAUGAGAAGCUACAGAUGCUCUGCGUACCUUUAGUUCUAAACCAGGGGGGUAAAAUUUCCUUAGUAGAUGGAAGCAAGGCUGAAUGAAAGAGAAUACUCUCUCAUUUUUAGAGAGAAAUCUUACGCAAAAUAAUCGUACAAUAUUUUUUCUGGUGGAUAUAACUCCCUUCUCUUGAGCGCGAAAAUUUUAAGCAAAGUAUCAUUUAAGAGAGUACUGAGCUAUAAUGUUUAUAUUGUUGUAUAUAGAAGUUAUAACUUCGAGUUUCGUGCAUGAAACGUUAGUGCGUGGUUUUUUCCUAUGACAGCCACCAAACAUUUCUUUCGGGAUGCAGAUGAACAUCAUGUUGUACAAUGGGUUAUUAGAAAUUUUUUGAGAAAUCCCUAAUGCCUACGGAUUCUAGCAGUAUUUGAACGUAGAACGGUUUAGUACAAUGUAGUGCGCAAGCACUGAUGUAGAUUGGUAUGAGUUUCUUUAUCAGGGGCUCUUUUGUAUACGAUCUGUUGUAGACAUAGUGGCUGUGCUAAAACUUAUUUUUCUUCAUCAUAUUGCAAGAAACCGAUUUUGAAAAUGGUAUACUUAGGAGCAACCCGAUCUCUUAAUGUUCUUUAACAUUGAAAAAUGGAGCAAAAGUGAACCCUCGGCUCUUUUUCUGUAGCCGAAACACAUGUAUUUAUCUUUUUGGUGUGGGCGUGAGUAUUUGAGACCAUUGUAAAUAUUCAGCACGAGGUGUUUUUAGUAAAUCGCAGCAGCCAAUCAUAGCUAGGGAAACAUCACCAGGAACCAAUGAGAACUCGAAGUGCAAUCAAGCAAACUGCCUGAAGCGCAGGAAAUAGCCGAGUGAUAAGUCGCCAUUGGUUUUGGUUUUUUUAAUCUGAUUGGUUGGAAGUGGCGCGAGUUUUCUGAUUUACAAUUGAAAAUCACUCCAGUAGAAUAAGCCGCAUAUCAUCAGUUCGUACAUGUACCAUAGGGAAUAAUUCAAAAUAGACCUUUUUACAGUUGCGGGCUUGUGGCCAAGCUUUUGAACAGGACUGAGGCUAAGGGUGAC